GGUACGUAUAGUCUUCUAGGGUCUAGUAGAAUACAUUUCAACAGUUGUCUUGCCAUGUUAUCUUUACUCAGACCUAAAUAAAUCCAAAAUAUCAGAGUUCUAUAAUUUAUAUUAUACUUGAAUUGAAAAGUUGUUCAAUAUAUUGAAAGGAAAACAAAGUUGGUACCAUGGAAUUUGACAUGUUCUAAUUUCGUGAAGAAAUAAAUCCAGGGAAGGAUUAUUGUCAAAUGUUAAAUAUCCUAUCGAGUGUCUCAUGUUUGACGCGGCGGGAAAUCGACGGAUCAUAACCAUAACCUUACUCAUUGUUAUUUAAAAACAACUAGUAAAACAGCAAAAGUUAUAAAUCAAGGGUGUAUUUUACAAAAUGCAGCAAUCAAGCAUCACAUCGUUUUUUGCUAGAGUGUCUCCAAAAGAAAAUACCAAUUCUACAUCAUCAGGGUAUGUUUUGUUCUAAUAACUAUGUUUUCUAUUUUUCGUACCUUCUGCAGAAUCUCAAGCUAUAUUAAUGUUGGUAAACAGAUUCUAAAGCCCAAGCCCAAAUGUUUUAUUAAUCAUGUAUGUAUUAGUUCCAAGAUUCCGAAGAAAGAAGUGUCAGCAAGGGAUGAAACUGAAAAGUCGAGAAAGAAAAAGGUGAAGGAAAGUCCUGCCGGUGAGCAAAAAGUCAAGAAAAGUCCCCGAGCACAAAAGAAACAAUCUCCUCCAAAGAAAAAUAAUGAAGUCACAGAAGACAAGUUGAUAAAAAAUGCCACAGUUGUAACAGAAUCUUCAAGCAGCCCAGAUACAGUAAAACCUGUAUCAUCCAAUGAAAAAAAUGAUAGCGAGUCUAUAAAGAAAGUAUCUACAAGUCCUGUAAAAGAUGAAGAUGAUGUGAAUGUGAAGAGAAGAAACAGUAAAAGAGCUAGAAUAUUAAGCAGUGAUGAGUCUAGUGAUGAGAGGUCCAUUGAAGAAAUAUCCCCAUUAAAAACUGGAAAUGCUAAAAAGCAGAAAUUAGUUGAUGAGGAACGUUCUGAUAAGCAAGAAAGCGUUGAAGAAUCCAAAGUUGAAAUGGAAACUACAGAAAACAAGCAGAUCAAAGAUGAAAAUAAGGAAGAUAUUGAUGAAACCAAAGGGUCACAAAAUGAAAAAAAGGAUGAUAAGAAACUGGCUUCAAUAUUUGGACAACCGUCUGGUACAAAGAAGGAUGACCUACCUAAAUAUAAUCCCAAUGUUACAAAUUAUGAUCCCAUCAAGCAUGCAACUUGGAAACAUAAAGAAAGUGUUCCAUACAGUGCUUUAGCUAGAACCUUUGAUGAAAUUGAAAAUGUAUCGGCCAGGUUAAAAAUGAUUGAAAUAUUGAGCAAUUAUUUCCGGUCAGUUAUUGUACUGACACCCGAAGAUCUGUUACCCAGUGUAUAUUUGUGCCUGAAUAAAAUUGCACCAGCUUAUGAAGGUGUGGAGCUUGGUAUAGCGGACACAAUUGUGAUGAAAGCGAUAGCACAAUCGACCGGCAGAACUUUGGCUCAAGUUAAGGCAGAUGUACAAGAAAUAGGAGAUUUUGGGCUGGUGGCUGAGAAAUCCAAAUCCAAUCAAAAGAUGCUUUUCAAACCUGCCAGGCUGACUGUCCGUGGAGUUUUUGAAAAAUUAAAGGAAAUCGCUAAAAUGUCUGGCAGUGCAUCACAAACAAAGAAGAUAGAAAAGAUCCAGUCCAUGUUUGUAGCGUGUCAAGAUGAAGAGGCUCGUUUUCUUAUUCGUUCUUUGGCGGGUAAACUAAGGAUUGGCCUUGCAGAACAGUCAGUUUUACUCGCGUUGGCUUUGGCAAGCACCAAAACACCGCCAAGCAAAGAUUAUCCACCUAAAGUGUUGGAUAAGUCAAAGACAAUGUCAUCGGAUGCUUUUAAAGCUGAAUAUGAAACAAACAGUCUUCUCGUGAAAACUGCUUACUGUGAAUGUCCCUGUUAUGACGAAAUCAUCCCGGUGAUAAUCGAUUUGGGAAUAAAUCAACUGCCGAAGCAUUGCCAUAUCAGGCCGGGCAUUCCUUUGAAGCCGAUGUUGGCGCAUCCUACCAAAGGCGUUCAAGAAGUACUCGAGAGAUUUGACAAUCUCAAAUUUACCUGCGAGUGGAAAUAUGACGGAGAAAGAGCGCAGAUUCACAUCGAUGGAAGUUCGAUUUCGAUAUUUAGUAGGAAUCAAGAAAACAACACGUCAAAAUAUCCCGAUAUUAUCCACAGGAUUGACCAUUGUAAAACAGACAAGGUUCAGUCUUGCAUAAUGGAUUCAGAAGUUGUAGCUUGGGAUAAAGAAAAGAAGCAAAUAUUACCAUUCCAGAUUCUCAGUACCAGAAAAAGAAAGGAUGCUGUUGAAGAAGAUAUCAAGGUGCAAGUAUGCGUUUAUAUGUUUGACUUGCUCUACCUUAAUGGCGAAUCUUUGGUUACAAAACCCUUCAUAGAGCGCAGAAUUCUACUCAGAGAACAUUUUAAAGAAGUGGAAGGUGAAUGGUGUUUCGCCAAAAGUAUUGACACUCAAGCUAUGGAGGAAGUGCAAGAUUUCUUAGAAGAAAGUGUCAAAGGGAACUGUGAAGGGCUAAUGGUGAAGACGUUAGAAAAAGACGCAACGUACGAAAUAGCGAAGCGAUCCAGAAAGUGGCUGAAAUUAAAGAAAGAUUACUUGGACGGUGUUGGAGACACUUUGGACGUUGUCGUCAUUGGUGGUUAUUUGGGAAAGGGAAAACGCACAGGAACCUACGGGGGAUUCUUGCUCGCCUGUUAUGACAAGGAUAACGAGGAGUUCCAAAGUAUAUGUAAGAUUGGAACAGGGUUCAGUGAAGAAGCGCUGCAAAAACACUCCGAGUUUUUGAAACAGCACGUGAUACCACAACCAAAACCAUACUACAGAUUUGACGGCUCGCUGAACCCUGAUCAUUGGUUCGACGCGAUGCAAGUUUGGGAAAUAAAGUGUGCCGAUUUGUCACUAUCACCCGUGCACCGAGCGGCGAUCGGAAUUGUGGAUCCAGAAAAGGGUAUAUCUUUGAGGUUCCCGCGUUUUAUACGAAUCAGAGAUGACAAGAACGUUGAAGACGCCACCACAUCGCAACAGAUAGCUCACAUGUAUUCGAGUCAGGAACAAGUGAAGAACCAACAGAAUGAUGCUAAAGAUAAUGAUGAGGAUUUCUAUUAAUUGCGCUCGUAAACAGUGUCUUUCCGCCACUCACAAUCAUAGUAUAGUUAUGGUAUGAGGUUCAAUUUGAUUUGUACUAUAUUUCCACAAUAUAAUAAUUACUGAAUCAAAA